AACACGGGUCCGGUGUUUACAUGGAGAUUGCCGGACAGAUAUGGGUUUUGCCGAGGCUUAAGAGCUCAUCGGAUUGAGCUUAGUCGUGGUUGCUUCGAGCUACACGGUUGGGUCAGUUGAAAUUAGGUCGGUGUUGCUGUGCUAUGGUUUUGAUCUCCCUGAACUUCCUCUCUCGUCUUCGUUUAAGCUUUUCCGGUUGUUAAUGGAGCAUACACUGUUGGUGUAUAUAUAUGUAUACAUAUUCAGGCCAUCGACACCACAAAUUCAAACUUGUUUCACCGCCGAACACUUUGCCGUCGCCGUCAGACCGCCGUCCGCCAUUCUGUUCAUCCAUGCUAAUUCGCUGCGAAUUCUGUUAUUUUUAUUCUUGUUCGCCGGUUCUGUCCAUCCGCGCUUCGAGACUGGCGAGGGCGGGCGACGGUCGGGGCCUGACAAGAUUGUGUUGAUGCAUUAGGUGUUAUGGGUUUGUUGAUACGAGGGUACCGUUGUCCUUCUGUGUUUGGGUGGUGAUAUAUAGGGAGAGGAGAGAGAAAUUUUUUCAAAACUUGACAAUUAGACUGCCACGCAAUAAGCCACAGCCACGUAGAUUCUACCUAGAACACCGGUCUAAAUUGUCUGCCUGACUAUGACGACUCUUAUUAAUUAUUGCCAAAGUCCUUCCGGUCCUCCUCACUCCUCAGCCCAUUCCAAUCCCUUCUACUUCUAGAGAGAGAAGAUAUAGAGAGAGAUGGAUGCAGGUGAACAGAAUGAGAUUGUCAUAGCUGGCGGUGGGAUUUGUGGCCUCGCCACCGCACUUGCCCUUCACAGGAAGGGUAUUAGGAGCGUGGUUUUGGAGAGAUCAGAGACCUUGCGUGCAACAGGGGCAGCCAUUGUCAUUUUUCCUAAUGGAUGGCGUGCUCUCGAUCAGCUCGGUGUGGGCUCUAAGCUCAGAGAAACAGCUCUUCUUUUUCAUGGGAUACGAGAUACAUGGCAAGAGAAGGGUAAGCAACGCGAAACACCAUUUGGGAGUGGCGAAGCUCGUUGCUUGAAACGGAGUGACCUCAUCCAGACCUUAGCAGAUGCAUUGCCAGUUGGUACAAUACACUUUGGAUGCCAAGUAGUCUCUGUAAAAUUGGACCCUCUGACUUCUUAUCCAAUUCUUCAACUUCACGAUGGGAGUUCUGUUAUGGCCAAGGUUUUGAUUGGAUGUGAUGGAGCCAGGUCAGUGGUUGCGGAUUUCCUUGGGCUAAAGCCUGCAAAAAUUUUCACUGUAUGGGAGGUGAGAGGUUUCACACAUUAUCCAAAUGGUCACUCAUUUACCCAUGAGUUCGUCCGAAUGAGGAGAGGGAACAUCUUAGUGGGGAUAGUUCCAAUUAAUGACGAGACAGUCUUCUGGUUCGUAGUUCUGCAAUUGAAUUCUAUGGAUGCAAAAGUUUGGGGGGAUGCAGAGCUCAUGAGACAAUCAACUUUGGAAUCAUUAACUGGUUUCCCAGCAGAAUUAAGAGAAUUGGUAAAAAACAGUGACCUGAAAACACUGUCUCUCACACACUUAUGGUAUCGUGCACCAUGGGACGUACUACUUGCAAGGUCUCGUAAAGGAACAGUGACAGUAGCCGGCGAUGCCAUGCAUGUAAUGGGCCCAUUCCUGGGACAGGGUGGCUCUGCAGCUUUAGAAGAUGCAGUUGUGCUUGCUAGAUGCAUGGCAGCGAAGAUGAGUGUGGUUUAUCCGAUGAUCAAAAGUGAGAGGAGGCGGAUUAUGGUCCACCAAGUUGGAGAAGCAAUGGAUAAAUAUCUGAAAGAAAGAAGAAAGAGAGUGGUGCAAUUGUCAACACAGAGUUACCUUAUUGGUACGCUAUUGGAAACAUCAUCACUGCUGAUAAAAUAUGCUUGUCUCGUCUUCAUGGCUAUUUUCUUUAGUAACGGAAUCUAUCAUACCAGAUAUGACUGUGGACGCCUUUGAUGCACACACUUUAAUUUGAAUACAUUGUUAUUUUUAUUUUGUUGUAGUAACUUAUUUGCCUCAGGCAGUCAACUUUAAAGACAAAAAUUAUUCAAAAUAUUAAAAAGAUAAUACACUAGGAGUAUUUAUUUAUUUACUUUUUCAUUUUUAGUUGAGAAUGUAAUUUUUUUUUUUUUUGAGAUUAUAUAUUUCCACACAAGGUAUUGUGUAUUCUUCAACAAUUGCUAUAAUAUAAUGCAUUGCUAUAAUAUUAUGCAGAUUAAAGAUUUAAAGAAUUACCAUAUGCUC